AUGGAGAAAUGGGAGUGCUCCUUCGACCGAGAAAUUUCGAAUAAUAGAGAAAUGCAGAAUUUUCUUAAGGAUCAUCCGUUGAUAAAGAACACUCCUCUCGAUCCUCGCGAAGCAUUUUAUGGUGGACGCACGGGAAAUAUCGUCACGCGAUACGAAGUUUCAGGUACGGAAAAAAUACGUUACGUCGACGUAUGUUCUCUGUAUCCUUUCGUAUUGAAAACCGGCGUUUUCCCGAUCGGGCAUCCUAAAAUUUACGUAGGGCAAGAGUGUUCUUCGUUAAUCGGGGUAUCACCAAAUUAUAAUUUCAACUCGAUCGAAGGUCUCGUGCGAUGUAAAGUACUCCCAUCACGUGAUCUCUUUCAUCCGGUACUACCGUAUCGCGUACAAGGUAAAUUAUUGUUUGCGUUAUGUCGGAGUUGCUGCGAAACGUUCUCACAAGUUGAGUGUACUCACGAAAACCCGGUGGAUCGAGAAUUCGAGGGUACCUGGGUAUCUUGUGAAUUACGCAAAGCCAUCGAGAAGGGUUAUCUCGUGACGCAUGUGAGCGAAAUUUGGGAAUAUAAAGUCGCACGAUACGAUAGCGGUACUCGUCAAGGCGGACUGUUUGCCGAAUAUAUUAAUACCUUUUUGCAAUUAAAACAAGAAGCGAGCGGCUGGCCGAGCGAAUGCAGGGAAGACGCUGACGAUGAUGCUAAGAAGCGUUACCUUCGGGAAUAUGAGGAAACCGAGGGUAUCACACUCGACAGGCGAAACAUCGCGCGCAAUCUCGGUUUACGUUCGGUCGCUAAGCUUUGUUUAAAUUCAUUUUGGGGAAAAUUCGGCCAACGAUCCAAUUUGCCGAAUACCGAAAUUAUAAAAGCUCACCAGCAAUUUAUGACUUUGCUUACGAGUCCUGAGCACGAGAUAACCGGUAUAUUACCCGUAAAUGACGAGGUAAUAUAUGUUUCGUGGCGACUCCGAAAAGAGGCGGUCGUGCAUUCUCCGCUUACGAACGUUGUGAUCGCGGCAUACACAACGGCGCAAGCACGAUUAAAAUUGUACAGUUACUUAGAAUUAUUGGAUAAACGGGUUUUAUAUUACGACACGGAUUCGUGUAUAUAUGUCAGUACCGGCGAUCCGAAUGAGUAUGAACCGCGUACGGGGAAUUUCCUGGGCGAUAUGACAGACGAGCUCGAGAGCUACGGCCGCGGUAGCUACAUCGAAUCGUUCGUUUCCGGUGGUCCGAAAUUCUACGCGUACAUUGUUCGUACUCCGUCAGGAUGCACACACGAAACAUGUAAAAUUAAGGGUAUUACUUUAAAUUCAUCGAAUUAG